AUGUAUCUUCGGGAGAACACUUUGGCCUCGCGAGAGGACAUCUUGGGUACGGUUACAACAUUCUUCUUACAGCUCGCUGCUCAAGCCGUCCAGCAGGUCGACGGGAUGCGUGACAGCAAUGGUCUGACAUACGCGCCCAAGGUCAUGAUCAAAUGCGGCAUUGCGCUCGACAUCACAGGUCGAUGGCAUGAGAAGCAGGUCACACCCGACCUGUCAGCAAUUAUAACCAAGUACCCCCCGCACUACGAUGGCGGGCAAGUUCCUUCCCCGAGCUCAUCCAUUUGA